AUGUACAGCAGCAGAUUUGCGGCAGCGCUUGCAAAGCUGGGAGUCGCUAAGGGCGACCGCGUUGGGCUUCUCGCGCCAAACUGCGUUGAGUUUGAAAUUGCGUUCUUCGGCAUCAUCAAGGCGGGCGCGGUCGUUACGACCAUCAAUUCAGGCUAUCGCGAGCGUGAGAUCGCACAUCAACUCAGCAACAGCGGGGCAGGAGUUCUGGUUGUACAUGACUCCUUGCUGAAGGUUGCUGAAACGGCUCGCGAUGGUGCGCCCGAAUUGAAGCGUCUGGUCGUCAUUGAGCCAACAUCACGCGAUUCGGGUUCAUUUUGGGGAUUGCUAGAACGCUCGCCUGCAUCACCUCCAUCCGUCGAGAUCGACGCCAAGGAAGAUCUUGCUGCGCUGCCCUACUCAAGCGGCACAACGGGACUAUCUAAAGGCGUGAUGCUGACGCACUUCAACAUGACCUCAAACCUUCGGCAGUUUAUUGAGCGACCGGGCGAGGCCCUUCAGCAGACAGAGGACGAUGUGCUGCUCGCUCACUUGCCACUGUUCCACAUCUAUGGGAUGCAGGUCCUGAUGAAUGCCGUGAUAGCGUCCGGCGGCACUCAGGUGAUGAUGGGGCGAUUUAAUAUGGACGAGAUGCUGCAACUAAUUUCCACCCAUCGAGUUACACACUUGUACACCGUGCCGCCCGUGGCUAUCGGGCUUUCCCUGCUGGCGGAUAUUAGCGACUAUGAAAUGUCGUCAAUGGUCGCUGCUUGUCUUGCGGCAGCGCCGGCCUCCGAGGAACUCCAGAUGCGCGUGCAGGAUGUGGUCGGCUUUCCGGUGUUCCAAGCGUAUGGAAUGACCGAAUUGUCGCCCGUGUCCAAUGUGGACUACAUUGAGGCUGAUAGGAUGACUCCUGGUUCGGUAGGUCCCGCGAUAGCUGAUACAGAAGAGCGCGUGGUUGAUCUUGAAACGGCUUCAAAGGAUGUGCCAGUCGGUGAGGUCGGCGAACUGCUUGUGCGCGGUCCGCAGGUGAUGAAGGGCUACUACAAUAACGAGGAAGCUACGCGCGAGACAAUCAGCGAAGAUGGGUGGCUAUACACCGGCGACAUCGUACGAAUGAACGAAGAUGGGUGCGUCUGGAUUCUCGACCGCAAGAAGGAGCUGAUCAAGUACAAGGGCUUUCAGGUGCCCCCUGCUGAGCUUGAAGGGCUUUUGUUGGAGCACCCAGCGAUUGCGGAUGCCGCCGUUAUUGGCAAAGAGGACCUCGAAUCGGGCGAAAUCCCAAAGGCUUUCGUGGUUGCCAGACCGGGUGUCGAAGUAUCCGACGAGGAUGUGAUGGGCUUUGUGGCUUCGAGGGUCGCCACAUUCAAGCACAUCCGCGAAGUGGAGUUCAUAGAUGCGAUUCCCAAGAAUCCGUCAGGCAAGAUAUUGCGGCGGAUACUGAUGGAACGAGAGACAGAAUCGUAA